AUCCCAAAACCCUGUAAAGCGUAAAGGCGCGGCUUCACAGUGGCAAAUUGUGAAGGUGACCAACCAACCCAACAAACAGAAAUGGGUAAAAAGAAGAAGAGAAGCGAAGCGGAAGAAGAAAUCAAAGCCAACGACAUUGUUAACGGUGACUCGCAUAACAAAACCAACAAGAAGAAGAACAAGAAACCCAAAACCGACACAGCCGCCGUGAUUCCCACCGUCACCGUAGCCAUCGCCGGUUCCAUCAUUCACAACGCUCAAUCCCUCGAACUCGCCACUCGGCUGGCCGGUCAGAUAGCUCGUGCCGUCACGAUUUUCCGAGUUGAUGAGGUGGUGGUAUUUGACAAUAACGGUGAGUCUGGCUCGCCGGAAGCUAAUAAUUCCGAUGAGAAUGAAAGCGGGGCUGCUUUUCUUAUAAGAAUCUUGCGGUAUCUUGAGACGCCGCAGUACCUGAGAAAAGCUCUAUUUCCGAAACAUAAUAGCUUAAGAUUUGUGGGUUUGUUGCCUCCGCUUGAUGCGCCGCACCAUCUGCGUAAACACGAAUGGGGUGCAUUUCGGGAAGGUGUCACGCUAAAGGAAAGAUCUCCGGAUGGUGUUGGGACAUUAGUUGAUGUGGGCUUGAGUAAGAAUGUUGUCGUUGACCAAGUACUUGAUCCUGGAACAAGAGUUACUGUGGCUAUGGGAGACAGCUGGAAUUUGGAUGCUGAUAUAUCACGGCAGGUUGUAUCAUCAUCCAAGCCAAGGGAAGAAGCAGGGAUGUAUUGGGGGUACAAAGUGCGGUAUGCUUCCAAUAUCACUUCGGUAAUGACUGAAUGUCCGUACGAGGGUGGUUAUGAUCAUUUGAUUGGAACCUCAGAGCAUGGUCAGAUUAUAAAUUCCUCUGAUCUCAAUAUACCUACUUUCAGGCAUCUAUUGAUUGCUUUUGGUGGACUUGCUGGAUUGGAAGAGAGCAUUGAAGAGGAUCAUAACUUAAAGGCAAAGAAUGUGCGGGAGGUGUUUAAUAUAUAUUUAAACACAUGUCCGCAUCAGGGGAGUCGAACAAUACGAACAGAGGAAGCAAUUUUAAUUUCACUUCAAUAUUUCCAAGAACCAAUCAACAGAGCACUGCAGAGAAGUUAGCAUUAGAGUUGAAGAUUUGCAGGACAUUGAAAUUCCACAAUAAGAAUCAAGAUCUUAAGGAAUCUAUCCUGAUUCUUCAGAUUCUUACCUUUUGCUGCAAACACAUCGUCAGGAUUAUCAAGUUUUGUGAUGGAAGAUUGCCUCGUUUUGCUCAUCAUUUUUCUCUUUCCAGCCGGUUCAUCUGUAAGCUAUGUGUUUUAGUGUACAAUUAGUCUGGUUUAACCUGCAAGGAUCGGGAUCACUUGCAACCCUUUUCUUCCUGGAAGAUAAACAUAGUCAAAUACUUAUGUUUUUCCAUGUUGAUAUCGAUUAAUCAUGUCUUUCCACCUUGAGUUGGGUUGGUUGAGCGCAAAUGGUGAAUUUUUUUUUUUUUAACUGUGGUUAUUGUUCUUUUUGUAAACCUGUAAAAUACUCCUAGUUUUGGAGUGAUCAUACAUUUUGACACUUGCAGUUAAUUUUGAAGUA